AGUUACUUGCAAACUCAAGUCGAAACGUUGGAGUUGGAAACAUAAAAUGGGGGACGAGAAGGAUGCGUUUUAUGUCGUGCGCAAAGGGGAUGUGAUCGGGGUUUAUAAGAACUUGAGCGAUUUGCAAGCUUUGCUACGAACAUCUAUUGGUGAACCAGCCAUAAGUGUUUUUAAAGGGUAUCGCCUGACUAAGGAAUCUGAAGAGUAUCUGGCCUCUCAUGGACUCAAGAAUGCAAUGUAUUCUAUGGAUUUCAGUGAUGUUCGAGACGAUCUCUUUGGGACUCUCAUCCCAUGCCCAUUUCGGCAACCCGGCUCUUCAAAAGAUAAAAUUGUCGGGAAGAAUGUUCAGGAAAAGAGGAUGCAGAUGGAGUUGGUGGCAUCUCCUUCAUUUGCAGCUUCUGGUCAGCAAAAACUUGCUAAAUUGGACAAUUUCCUAGAAGCUCCCCCAAUUUCGUCAUAUCCUUCUCCCUACAUGCAGUGUUCAUGCAUUCUUGAGUUUGAUGGGGCUUCAAAGGGGAAUCCUGGUCUAGCUGGUGCUGGGGCUGUGCUGCGUGCUGCAGAUGGAAGUAUGGUUUUCCGGCUGCGUGAAGGUGUAGGUGUGGCAACUAACAACGUUGCUGAAUACAGAGGCGUAAUCUUAGGGCUAAGAUAUGCUCUUGAGAAAGGUUUCAAACACAUUAAAGUCAAGGGCGAUUCGAAACUUGUCUGCAUGCAGACUCAAGGAAUCUGGAAAUGCAAGAAUCAGAACAUGGCUGAGCUAUCCAAGAUUGUUAAAGAGCUUAAAGAUCAGUUUAUGUCAUUCCAGAUCAACCAUAUGGAUAGAGAAUCCAACACUGAAGCCGAUGCCCAGGCAAAUUUAGCCGUGUAUCUCAAGAAUGGCGAAAUUCAAGUGGAAUGUGACAUGAUAACUUAAUAAGUCUCAAACUACCUCAACUUGUUGGGAUUUAGGAAAGGAUGAAUGACCGCCAAGACGGACCAUAUUGGAUUUUCAGUUGUCUAAAACUACGUCUUGUAACAUGUAGAUAUAUGAUCUGAAUUAUGUGCAUGUAACCUAAUUAUAUAUCUGGAUUGAAAGUAGCUUCUGGUGUAACCUAAUUUGCAAUGAAAAUUGGUUGGGACAA